UCUCUCUCUCAUUGUAAUUGUUCUGAGUUGGCAGAUAAGUUGGCCAGUUUUGAAGUGGAAUUGAGCUAUAAGCCUAUAUGUUGAACAAAGCCAUGUGACACUCUCAUGAGAUUUUUUAAUGUGGAGCCCCUUUAAACCCUUGUAGCAAUAUGCAUUCCUUCCACAACUGUAGCUUUUCCUCCUAUAUAUGGCAUAUCUAUAUAAGUCAAUACAACAACACUUAACUCUUCACUUCCAAAUCAAUCUUGCAUACAUCUACAAGUGUCUUCUUGAACAAUUCAGUUUCACACUUUCUUUCUCUUCAUAAUAUCAUAAUAUCAUGGGUAUUCGUCUUCCUUUCAUGAUUGCUCAUGCAAAACAGAUAUUCAAGUUCACGUCACAGCAUCAUCUCCAAAGUGGGACGAAACAAUCCGACGUUCCAAAGGGUCACCUAGCAGUCUAUGUUGGAGAGUUGCAGAAGAAGCGUUUUGUGGUUCCAAUUUCCUACUUGAACCACCCUUCGUUUCUUGCCUUGCUAAACAGAGCUGAAGAAGAGUUUGGCUUCAAUCAUCCCAUGGGGGGUCUCACUAUUCCUUGCAAAGAAGAUGCCUUCAUCAACCUUACAUCUCAACUGCGUGCCUCGUGAUGAAACAUUAAAGUUGGCAUACUUAUUAGUGUUAUAAAGCUCCUAUUAUGUGUGAGGUCCAGGAAUGAGUCGAAUCCACAAAUGUAAAUAACUCAACCUUGUGUUUUUGUAAGAGACUGAUUUCACGGCUUAAACAUGUAAUUCUAAAGUCAUAUGACUUGGGUUUUUCCUUUUAACUUGAAUAUUUUUUACCAAUA